AUGACACCCCUAAAAUCCCACCCCUGUGGGAGAUGGUACAGUCCGUCGCGCUGUCAGCUUGAAGUGACGUUUUUCCUGGUACUAAUGGCGGCGCCGGUGCGGAGGUUGGUGGGAGGCGUAUACUCCUUCGGAUUGCUUGAGCUGCGUUGUUCAAAUCUUAUACUUUCUCACGGUUUAGUGUCUUCGACUAAAAGAGUGGUGUCGCCAUGGCGGCUGCACGGAGCAGUAUGUUUGAAAAGGCCGACGGUAGUGUCGCAACUGAAGAGUCCCCAGCAGCAGGAAGUGGCGGACAUGCUGCAGCAGAUGGAGUUGGAGAGCAGCUUGUAUGCAGACCAUGAGAUCCGACUUAUGGAAGAUGCAGCACGUCUUCGGAGAAAGCAGUCCAAUCAGUAUGAUUCUGAUGAAGAAGAUGAUAAAGAAAUUGUAUUAUCUCAAGAUCUUGAGGAUAUGUGGGAACAAAAAAGCAGACAGUUUAGACUUGCACCGCGAAUAACAGAAGCAGAUAAAAAGAAUGACAAGUCUACCAUAAACAGGAAACUGGAGAAUAAUCUUGUGCUAUUGGUUAAAGAAAAGAUUGGCAAUGAAGAAAUCUGGAUGUUUCCACAGAUGGAAUGGCAGUUUGGGGAGACAAUGAGAAAAACAGCUGAGAGGGCUUUGUCUUCUUUAUCAGAUAAUCCUAUCCCUGCCCAUUUUCUUGGAAAUGCUCCAUGUGGCUUUUACAAGUACAAAUUCCCCAAGCUUUUGAGAGACGAGGAUGUGUUGGGAGCCAAAGUGUUUUUCUUCAAAGCUUUCCUUAAAAGUGGCGACUUUUCCAUCAAAAAGAAAAAAGGAGAGUAUGUCUGGGUUUCUAAGGAAGAGCUCAAGGACUAUUUAAAACCAGCCUAUCUGUCACAAGUCAACACAUUUGUGAUAGAACUGUGACAAUUCUGUAAAUAUAGUUAAUAAAUGUUUUCGAAUUUA